AGACAGCUCUCCUAGCAGGACGCUAGACCUCUCUGCCUCUCUGCUAAGGAAACUUUGGAGUGGGUUUCUUGGCUGAUGGUUACGACAUGGAGAGCACAGGCAGCCAGUACAGAGAUGGGCAAAGCCUUAGCUUUUACAUACAAGAUCCAAAAUCAGGGAGAAUGUACAGAAGAGGCAAGCUUCUUGGAAAGGGUGCAUUUGGGAGGUGCUACAAAUUCACAGAUGUGUCCAGCAGGCAAGUGUUUGCUGUGAAGAUGAUCUCACACGCCAGGAAGAUUCACAAAUGUCACAGAGGAGAGGCUAAGAAUGAGAUUGAACUUCACUGUGAUCUGAAACAUAGAAACAUUGUGCGCUUUUACCACCAUUUUGAAGACCAGAAAUACAUGUAUAUGGUUCUGGAGUAUUGCAGGCACAAGUCUCUAGCUCAUAUCCUGAGAGUACGGAAGCUUCUCACAGAGCCAGAAGUCCGAUACUACAUGAAGCAGAUACUGCAAGGGCUUCUGUGUUUGCACCAACAAGGCAUUAUUCACAGGGACCUAAAGCUUAGUAACUUUUUCAUUGCAAAAAACAUGACUGUGAAAAUUGGGGAUCUUGGAUUAGCUACAACUGUGGAGCAGUGUGAAACAUUACCUGGUGUUAUAUGUGGCACCCCCAACUACCUGUCUCCUGAAGUCCUUGCCAAGAGUGGUCAUUCAUUUAAGUCGGACAUCUGGGCCCUUGGAUGCAUCAUGUACACAAUGCUUACUGGCUAUUCCCCAUUCAGAGCUCGCUCACAAAAAGAAAUGUACUAUUUCAUUCGGGAAGGUUUCUUCCCAGUACCUGCAUUUAUUUCUCUAAAUGCUAGAAGACUUAUAAUCUCUUUACUUGCCAGCUGCCCAGAUGGCAGACCAUCUUUGGAGGAGAUUUUUGAUAAUGAUUUUCUUACCAAGGGCUUCACUCCAGAAAGGUUGUCAUCAACUAUGUGCCACACAGCGCCAAACUUCACCUUUACAAAUCACCUCACCAGAUUGUUUAGAAAGGCUGCAAAUGUGUUAUACAGAGGAGUAUUCCAGAAGCCUUUCUGCACAGAUUGUUCAGUUCAUGGAGAUGAGGGGAACUCUAUCAUCAUGCCUAUAAAUACCCCCACGCCCCUGGGCACUAAUAAGGGAGAAGAGCCUGAAGACUCUUUCAGAUCUUGCUCUGAGUCCCUCAUUGUCCUUAUGAAAGGAAGUAUGAGUCCCAGGAGAAUGUCACCUUCUUCACAGACUGAUAUGACUGACGAGAGAGUGGUGGAAGACAUGACUGUUCUGCUGCAGAAGUGUCUACAAAACAUUGUGCCAGGUCUCUUGGAUCCUAAUUAUCAAGUCGCGUGUCCUAUCCUUUGGGUGACAAAGUGGGUGGAUUAUUCAAACAAAUAUGGCUUUGGUUACCAGUUAUCUGAUGAUUGUGUGGGAGUACUUUUUAAUGAUGGCUCACACAUUAUUUUUAAUCCACACUUACGAAAAGUUUGCUAUUCUACGAGCUCAAGUGAACAUGUAACUUUCCCUGAAUGGAGUCCACCUUGCAGGAUGGAUAUAAAGAUGAGAAUUCUCCAAUUCUUCUGUGAAUACAUGCAGGAAAAGAUCAUGGAGGGUGGAGAUGUUAGGGCUGAACCCACUCUCACCGUCAGGACCUUAUGUCUCCUGCAUUUUCUGAAGACUGAUCAGGCACUAUUGAUGAUUUUUAGCAAUGGAACCUUGCAGGUGAAUUUUUACCUUGAUCACACCAAGAUAAUCCUAAGUAGGACAGAACAGAAUUACCUACUGACCUUUAUUGACCAGGAACGUCAAAGCUGUACAGUUCCUCUGCAGUUUCUGAAGAAUGGCUGCCCUACACUGAUAGCCCAGCGCAUGCAGUAUGGUCUUGAAUUGCUGCAAAAUCUGCAGAGGACCUGAGCAGCCAUCAUGCCACAUCUAAGGGACUUGUGUUUGAAGCAUGGACAUUAUUGACUUCAUUUUCUACUAUUCAUUCAAAUAGCCACUGCUGAUACUUGCUGUUGGUAUGCAAUGUAGAGAGCAUAUCCCUGCUGUAAGUCAUGAAUGUAUACAUUACAAUGUUACCAGGAAGUGCUGACAGUAUUUAAAGCUAUGUGAUUAUCUUGAUUAUCUCAAGGAUAAUCCAUUGUCAAUAGGUGUGGUAUUAAAAGAGUUGCUCAUGUAUAUGAGGUAUACAGAGGCUUGCAUGUUGUAGAUUACUGUGAAUUGGCCUCGUUUCAAAACUACCAGUCAUCCCCUUUAGAGAGGAUCACUUGUCACAUAACCCAAGUGCUGAUAUAUAUGUAUUAUUUUAUCAAAUGUAUCCACUUGUGUCCGAUGACUCUUUGAGAGAACUGAGACCUAGCUAAGUUCGGUAAAAGGAGAGUUCAUUUUUACACCAAGAUGACCCAAAUAAGUCCACGUAUUACUGUAUGUUGUGACAUUCAAAGGUAUGCAUAUAAACGAAACCUAUUUUAAGUGUUACUGCAUCUGUAAAUGAACACUGAACUAAAAUACAGGACGCUUCUUUUGUAUAACAGCUAAUGUUACAUGCUCGUCCCUUAAGUGAGUUAUUUCCAGUUCAUGGAGAGAACGUUGUGAUUAUUUUUUAACGUUUUGUUAGGAGAAAAAAAAAUCAGGUUUAUAAUGAAGAAUUGUUAAUAUUGUAACUUUUUUUUACAAAGCAACAUUUGGAUGUUUUAAACAGUUUUGUCUCUAUAGGUUUUUAUUAGUUGUAGGAAUUAGUUCCCAUUACAUAGAUAGUAAUAGUUUAGUGGCAUGUAAGAGCCAACAUUCCCAGAUAUGUUUUCAAUAAGGUCUUUGUUAUUGGGAGGGGGGUCUGGCUUUUUUUGUGGUAAAAUGAAUUAUAAUAAUAUAUUUGUACAGUUAUGGGACCUGUUAUCCAGAAUGCUCUGGGGCU